UAACUCAAAUUAACUGCAUUCUGAAAAACUAAGUUCCUGAGAUUUCCUUUAAACAAUACUUUUGAAACACAGAUAAAAUUACUUCCUGUCUCUGAGUUUCCUGUAUCCAUGGCAACCUCUGUUUUACACACUGACUGUGGAGGAACCAAUGUGAAGAGUGGUGUUUCCUGAGCAAACUGUGACUUGAAAAAAAAAAAAAAAAGGGUGGAGGUCAACAGUGCCACAGAAAGAAAUGGAGUUUAGACAUGUCGCUCUUCAGCUUUAGAAAGAAAACGUUUACUUGAAUCAGCUGACGGUUAAUAAUAUGAAUUUCCUGUUCUUGCCAAUUCUGAUAUGAACAGAAAAACCAAGAACAGGGCUAUGUGUGGAUUACGUUUUUCUCUGCCUUGCCUACGACUGUUUCUACUUGUUACCUGUUGUCUUGUAUUAUUAUUCCGUAAAGAGAUACUUGGAUGUUCGUCUGUUUGCCAGCUCUGCAGUGGGAGACAAGUUACCUGCCGUAACUUAGGCCUUUCAAGUAUUCCUAAGAAUUUUCCUGAAAGUACAGUUUUUCUGUAUCUGACUGGAAAUAAUAUAUCUCAUAUAAAUGAAAGUGAAUUAACAGGACUUCAUUCUCUUGUAGCGUUGUAUUUGGAUAAUUCUCGCAUUGUGUAUGUAUAUCCAAAAGCCUUUGUUCAGUUGAGGCAUCUAUAUUUUUUAUAUCUAAAUAAUAACUUUAUAAAACGCUUGGAUCCUGGAAUAUUUGAGGGACUUUCCAAUCUUCGUAAUUUAUAUUUACAGUCUAAUCAAGUAUCUUUUGUUCCAAGAGGAGUGUUUAAUGAUCUAGUUUCAGUUCAGUACUUAAAUCUACAAAGGAAUCGCCUCACUGUCCUCGGGAGUGGUACCUUUGUUGGUAUGAUUGCUCUUCGGAUACUUGAUUUAUCAAACAAUAAAAUUUUGAGGAUAUCAGACUCGGGCUUUCAACAUCUUGGAAACCUGGAUUGUUUGUAUCUAGAAGGUAAUAAUUUAACAAAAGUGCCUUCAAAUGCUUUUGAAGUACUUAAGAGUCUUAAAAGACUUUCUUUGUCUCAUAACCAUAUCGAAGCAAUACAGCCCUUUGCAUUUAAAGGACUUGUCAACUUGGAGUAUCUCAUCCUGAAAAAUUCAAGAAUUAAAAAUAUUACUAGGGACGGGUUUAGUGGAAUUAAUAAUCUUAAACAUUUGAUCUUAAGUCAUAAUAAUUUAGAAAAUUUAAAUUCUGAUACAUUUAGCUUGUUAAAGAAUUUACUUUACCUUAAGUUAGAUAGAAACAGAAUAAUCAGCAUUGAUGAUGAUACAUUUGAAAACAUGGGAGCAUCUUUGAAGAUUCUUAAUCUAUCAUUUAAUAAUCUUACAGACUUACACCCAAGGGUCCUUAAGCCAUUGUCUUCAUUGACUCAUCUUCAGGCGAAUUCUAAUCCUUGGGAAUGUAACUGCAAACUAUUGGGCCUUCGCGACUGGCUAGCAUCUUCAGCCAUUACUCUAAACAUCUAUUGUCAGAAUCCCCCAUCCAUGCGUGGCAGAGCAUUGCAUUAUAUUAAGUGGACUGACUUGACAAAUUGCCUUACUUCUUCAACAAAUGUAUCCAGAGCCUGGGCUAUAAAAUCUCUUCAUAUUCAUCACAAGACCACUGCGUUAAUGAUGGCCUGGCAUAAAGUAACCACAAAUGGGAAACAUUUGGAAAAUACUGAGAGCGUUACUUUCUGGGAACGAAUUCGUACUUCACCUGCCAGUAGAUUUUUUCAAGAGAAUACCUUUGGUAAUCCAUUAGAGACUACUGCAGUGUUACCUGUGCAAAUACAGCUUACUUCUUCUGUUGACUUGAACUUGGGAAAAAACAGUGCUCUACCGAUUGAUGCUGCUUCAGUAUCAGGGAAAACAUCUCUAAUUUGUGCACAAGAAGUUGAAAAGUUGAAUGAGGCUUUUGACAUUCUGCUAGCUUUUUUCAUUUUAGCUUGUGUUUUAAUCAUUUUUUUGAUCUACAAAGUUGUUCAAUUGAAACAAAAACUAAAGACACCGGAAAACUCAGGGGAAAAUAGACUUGAAUACUACAGCUUUUAUCAGUCAGCAAGGUAUAAUGUAACUACCUCAAUUUGUAAUACUUCCCCAAAUUCUCUAGAAAGCCCUGGUUUGGAACAGAUUCGACUUCAGAAACAGAUUGUUCCUGAAGGUGAGGCACAGGUCAUUCUCUUUGAGCAUUCUGCUUUAUAAUUCAACUAAAUAUUGGCUAUAAGAAAACCUCAGUGCCAUGGACAUGAAUAAAACUGAAGCCUCCUUAUAGAAUUAUAAACUUUACUUGGAAAUAUAAUGAAUUAUAUGAGCUUAGCAUUAAUAAAUAUGUUUUUAGUAUUU